AUGCGUUGUCGUGCGUCUCUGUGAAUCUCAUUGUUUCGCGCCACUCAAAAUCUAACAAGAAAAAAUAACAGUGACAGUUGUUCGAGAAGAAAAGGUUUCUAUUGUAAGUUUUAUGUACAAUUGUGCUGAAAGUGUUGACAGAGCGGUUAUUAUUGCGAGUUAACGGAUUGCGGCCGAACGACCGCAGCUACAGUUUUGGAACGAUACAAAACAAACUUUCAACUUCAUUGAGUUUAUAGUUCUCAACCGCAAUGGCUGGAAUUCUGUUUGAGGACAUCUUUGAUGUUAAAGAUAUUGAUCCAGACGGAAAAAAGUUCGACAGAGUGUCUCGUCUGCAUUGUGAAAGUGAAUCUUUCAAAAUGGACCUUAUAUUGGAUGUGAACAUUCAGAUCUUUCCUGUUGAUCUGGGUGAUAAGUUCAGACUGGUCAUUGCCAGCACUUUAUAUGAAGAUGGAACACCAGAUGAUGGAGAGUAUAAUCCACAAGAUGACAGACCAUCACGAGCAGACCAGUUUGAUUAUGUGAUGUAUGGGAAGGUUUACAAGAUUGAAGGUGAUGAAACUUCAACAGAAGCAGCAACACGCCUCUCUGCCUAUGCUUCCUAUGGUGGCCUUCUCAUGAGGCUCCAGGGAGAUGCCAACAACCUUCACGGCUUUGAGGUGGACGCCAGGGUUUACCUGCUCAUGAAGAAACUGGCCUUCUAAAGCUCUUUUUUUUGUAAUCCUACUCAUAAUUUACAUUAUUGACCACAAUUCACAGAGUCAAAGGCUCAUGUCUGGAGUAUUCUGGCGUAUCUGGAGUUUUUCACUCGAACUGUAACGGAAAUGUUGGUGAAACAGUGAUGCAACAUUUUCUUCAGAAAAAAAGGACUAAAGACUGGAACACUUAUAAUGGCCGCACAGUCUAUCUGCAGUUAAAAUGUAAAUAAAUAUUUCUUUUAAUAAAAAUUAAACUGGU